AUGUCUGAUAAUGAUGAGCUCUGUUUUCCUCAACAAUUUAACAUAUCUUGCAAGAAGCCAAGAGUUUCAUGGGUUUCAGUUCUAUUUCUCCAGUUUCUACUGCCCCUCAUUUCUGUGCUCACUGUAGUUCUAAAUCUGCUGGUCAUCAUCUCCAUCUCUCAUUUCAGGCAGCUUCACAGAGCAAACAACUUCCUGCUUCUGUCUCUCGCAGUUGCGGACUUCUUGAUAGGUCUUGUUUUUAUUCCAGGUGAAAUGCUUAAACUAACAACUUGUUGGUUUUUUGGUGAUCACCUGUGCUUAUUGUAUUCAUACAUCCUUGUUGUUAUUAUCUGUUCUUCAGUCGGAAAUAUUGUGCUGAUAUCUGUAGACCGUUAUGUGGCUAUUUGUUACCCACUGCAGUACCACAGGAGAAUUACUAUCACAAAAAUACGACUAUGUAUUAGUCUUUGUUGGCUUUAUUCAGCUUUUUACAGUAUAACUUUUGUGAAGGAUGGUUUAAGUCUAUUUGCUACUUCUUGUCAGGGAGAAUGUGUGUUUUUCAUAACGUAUUCUGCCAUAGUAAUUGACCUUUUUAUAACUUUUUUUGCUCCAAUUUCUGUAAUCAUAUUUCUGUACAUUAGAGUAUUUCUGGUGGUUGUUUUUCAGGCUCGAGCUAUCCGCUCUCAUUCCACAGCACCACAACAAGGUCCAGUGACAGCAAGGAAGUCUGAAUUGAAAGCUGCCAGGACCAUUGGUUUUAUAGUCCUUGUGUUUGUGAUAUGUUUCUGUCCUUACUACGGUAUUUCUCUUGCAGGUUACGUUUCACAAAAUGUGUCUAUAACUGUUCUGUGUAUUUUCUGCAUUAACUCAUGCCUGAACCCUAUUAUCUAUGCCAUGUUCUAUCCCUGGUUUAGAAAAGCAAUUAAACACAUUGUGACCUUUAACAUACUACAGCCUGGGUCCAGCAAAGCAAAUAUAUUAUAGGAAAAAAAAGGAAACUCAAGACAAACAGAUUUGC